AUGUGGGUUCUAGAUUCGACCGGUGAUUUCCUAGAAGGGAAGCGCGUUUGGUUGCGCCCGGGCAAGAAAUACCUCUUUGGUCGAUUCCAGCGAGACGGAGUACGCCAUGUGGUAAAUCACAACUCCAUUUCUCGCAAGCACAUGACCAUUGAGAUAUCCCCGGUAAACCCAAAAGAUGGCUCGUCCACUCGAGCACGAUCUGAGAUUACAAUCACCGACUUGAACUCGAAAAAAGGGACAGUGGUGGAUGGAAACAGCAUUGAAGGCGAACACAAACUCCAGAAGAGGGACGAACAUACCAUUCAGCUCGGUAGAUACGAACAUUCCCUCCGUAUCAAAUGGGAGCCAGUGGUACUUAGCUUUUCGCUUUCUUCCAAGGAAAUGAGAGGCGAAGAUCCCCUAGCACAUGUUCGCUCACGUCUCGAAGAUCUCGAUGUGAAGACCAUCGUGGACUAUAUCGUUGAUCAGACUACCCACGUCGUCUCAAGCAAAAGAAAUACCGCGAAGGGUCUUCAGGCACUCGUCAAUGGCAAGUAUAUCGUCGAUGAUUCGUUCAUUGAUGCCCUCGUCUACGCGGCUACCCCGAGCGACCUCGAGAACAUGGAGUCUCUGAGUCCUCUGGAAAUCGAUUUCCAAUCAGAGUGGCCCGACGCAACGAAGCAUCUUCCUCCUCCCGGCAAGGAGAUGGUCGAUCGUCCCGCAACGGCCUUUGCCCCGAAUCGCGCCCGUCUCAAUAUUUUCGACCAAUACACGUUCGUGUUCUGCGACCAAUCACAGUUCGAUAACCUACAGGGACCCAUCAAUAACGGUCAAGGCAAGGCUCUCUUCUUCCAAAUCACUGAGGGGAGGACACUUGCUGCGGACAUACUUCGUUUCAUGGAGAAGACAGCAGGACGUCAAGGUGUUGGCGGCGAGCGGCGAGGUCCCGGUGGGGUGGUGCUUGUUCGGUUUCGAUCAAAGGGUGAAUUUGAGCCAUGGGCUAUUGAGGUAGGGAACGAAGUCGCUUUGAUGACAGACCAGCGAGUGAUUGAACAACGAGAAUUUCUCGAUGCCAUUCUGGGAAAUGAUGCGUCAUCACUUUGUCGCCCGUUGCCUGCAGAAGAAUGCCAAAGUCAAUCUCCUCAAUCUCCGGAAGUAGCUGCUCGGCAAGCCUCUCCGGGAGCUCCUGCCAUUCCUGCAUCAGCUCCAUCUAUUGAACCGGAGCCUUCACGUCCUUCACAUCCCUCUGCAUCUCGUCAGUCCCCAUCGCGCCCAUAUGUCAGCAAGAUGAAAAUGUUCGAUGACGGGUUCGACAUGGAGUCCAUCCCGAUGUACGCCCCUGAAGAAGAUGAUUCUAUCGUUGACCCUGGGAUAAUGGAUGUGGACACCCAAGCGGCCUCUCAACCAGCUCAACAACCUCUUGACACAUUGAAAGAAGAGGAGCCCGAAGAGGAUGUUGUCUCCGAUCUUCUUCCCGGCGCACGUGCAAUGAAGCGUCGUCGAGCCGAAAUGAGCCAACAUCCUACCGAAGGUCAUACCACAGCGAAGGAGGCUGAGCCACCGAAGCGGAAACGACCAAAGCUUGACGUUUUAGAAGCAGCACGCAAGCAUCGAGAACAAGAAGAGGAGCAACGCAAAGCCGAGGAAAAUUUACGUCUUAGCGAAGCCGACGUUGGCGUCGAUCAGUUGAAGAAUUUGGCUAUUGUGGAAGAGAUGGAGCUCCCUGUUCGCAAUCCACCAACGCGCGAAGAGGAAAAUAUCGUUCGGUGGGAGGACAGAUGGAACGGUCGCAAGAACUUCAAGAAGUUUCGUCGCAAAGGCGAGUCGCAUGGUCGUGCUCGCAUGCAAGCCGUCAUCGUUCCCCUCGAGGAGGUGACCCGUAAAGAAUAUGGAAUCGGCGAUCACUACUGGAGCACUAACUCUCAACAGCCCAACAGUGUUGACGAAAAUCGGGCCAAUGUAGAAGAGGACAGUGAAUCCCGGCCCCAGGAAUCGGCCACAGUCAACUCACCUGAGCCUGCCCCAGUGCCAACUCCCGCUCGUCGUCAAAAGAGGGCUCGCGAGUCCCGUGACUCAGAUAGCGAUGAUGGAACUCGAUUCCGGUUCAGACGCAAACGCUAG